AUGGAGCUGGAGCUUGUCGGAGACAUUGGUAGUGCGGCAUUGGCCUCGACUUUUGUCAGCCCAUUCGUGACGCUGGUUGAUCGAGCUGUCAUACAAUCUGCUUCAGGAGCUCAGAAACUCGGUGCUGCCUUGCUUGUUGGAAUUAAAGAACUAGCAUUCAGACCUUGGGCUGUAUAUGGGCGACUAGAAACAAGGCUAGUUUGGGUCGUUUAUCUGGGUACAUAUGGUGCUGCGAAUACCAUAUCAACUGUCUCCAAGCGAUAUGAUGUGAAGCCCGGUGCUCCUCAACUCGUCGGAACUACAGUCGCAAAUAUGACGCUUUCGAUAUGGAAGGAUCAAGCUCUAACGAAAAUGUUUGGAACGAGUGCUCCUCGACCAUUACCAAUGUCCUCUUACGCCUUUUUUGCUGGUCGAGACUUGAUGACUAUCGGCGCAUCCUUCACAAUACCACCAGUCGUUUCAGCAUACCUGCAACGAGAAGCUGCAUUCACCAAGCCCGUUAGCGAUGUCACUGCUCAAAUUCUAUGUCCUAUGGGAAUACAGGCUUUGACGACACCAGUCCAUCUGUGGGCACUUGAUCUUUACAAUAAUCCAGCACGUUCCGUUGCUGAACGAGUGAGGUUUAUUGGGACACAGUAUGUUCCUGUGGUGUCUGUCAGGGCUAUGAGGGUGUUGCCUGCCUUUGGCAUUGGAGGUUUGGCCAAUUCAAAUUUCCGUCUCAUGGCCAAACAGUAUUUCGCUUCGAACUAG